AUGUAUCGUUCACCAAAUCGACAAUCGCCCAUCUCUUCUAUUUCGAUUCGUGUCAAUGUAGACUCAGUGUUGCAUAAUUACACAUAAUCGCGUUAGAUUUUCUUUAUUACAUGAAUUAUGUUAUUGGAAUAAUAGAUAAGGAAAAUACACCUCAGAAUGGCUUUGGCAUCAGAUGUAUGUGGGUUUUGCUUUAAAGAACCCGUAUUUGGAUUCUGUGAAAACUGUAAUAUUUUGCUUGGUGUAAGUUGCUUCUCAAAUCAUACUAAGAUACAUUUAUUUACUAGUCAUGCUGUGUUUCCGUUGGAUAACUCAGACAACGAGACAUGCUUAUCGGUACCCAUAGAAAAAGACAUACAUGAACAAAAAUGCCAAAAGCACGAAACAGACCCUCAGUCGUUUUAUUGUGGAAGGCAUGAUGCAACCAUAUGUGGUCGAUGUAUACUGGCUGACCACAUGACUUGUAAAGAUGAAAUCGUUGAUCUACAUAUAACAAAGUUUGAUGAACAAAAGGCGAAUGCCCUUCUGGUCUCUUUGAACGAAAUCGAAGGCGAAAUAAAAGACCUUCAGGUCCGUGUAGACAGAAAUGUUAAACUAAAUGACGAGUGUAGAGCCUCAUCUAUUGACGCAAUUAAAGAUUUUCGAAAGAAAAUUGAUUUAAGGCUUAACCAGUUACAGUUCAAAGCAGAACAAUCCACAGAGAGGAAACACAAAGAAAAUAUGAACAGUCUGGUUGAACUUGCAAAAAUCUGCAAAGACGUUUCUCUUCGUAUUCAAAUGCGUGGAAAAAAAAUCGAGGAGUUAUCGAAGAAAAACCAAGAACGGCAUUUGUUUAUAUAUUCUAAAAAACUGGCCAUUGAAAUUGAUGAAAUAAGAACAGCUAUUAAGGAGUCAAACUUCAAAAACCAUAUUACAAAAUUCACAUUUAAAGAACACCCAACACUGGAAAAUAUUCUUCAGAAAACAAUUCUUGAAAUCGGAACACUUCAGGAGGCUUGUGAUGGAAGCGAAGAAAUAGUUGACGAUACACAUGCUUCAUUUACGGGGACUCCUGAACAUGCAGAUGAAAGCUGUGCGCGGAAAAUAACACAACCGAAGAAUUUUGCGUCCGGUAAUCAACCUCCUGGAAAGAUGACGGUUGAAGCGAUACAUUUUUGGGUACAUAAGACCGCACCCCAUGUUCGCAUUAAGUACGAGUUUUUAAAUGGACAACAAUCGGUAUGUAUAAGUCGCGUUUACAAAACUACAUGGCAGUGUACGUACAUUUUAUUUUUGUCAUGCCCCAAAAGGUGAACGCGUUAAAGGCGAACCUCCUGAUUUCCAAAGAACCAGUUGAGGAAUAAAAUUUAAAAUUGUGUGUUCAUAAUUUUCAAUUAUUUAUUUGUGAUGCUUAUAUAGAUUAUGCUAGAAAUUUAUCAGGGGUCGUAUUCCAGAAGAAUCUUAAAUUAAAUUUUAUUCUUAUCCUUAAAUUGGGAAAAUUUCUUUAGUGUUUCAUUUCAUAUUUCAAUAG